GCUGGCGGGAGCGCGCGGCUGAUACCCGGCCUAGGCUGCGGCGGUUAGUCCUCUCCCGGCCGCCGUCGCCACCGACAUAUUGCCCGCAGGAGCUGCGGCGGCGAGCGGAGAGCGCCGGGGGAAGGAGAUGGGAGGACGAAGAGGUCCCAACAGGACGUCUUACUGUCGAAAUCCACUCUGUGAGCCAGGAUCUUCAGGGGCCUCUGGUGGAGGCCAUACUUCCAGUGCAUCUGUGACCAGCGUCCGUUCUCGAGCCAGGACCAGUUCUGGGACAGGCCUCUCCAGCCCUCCACUGGCCGCCCAGACAGUUGUGCCUCUACAGCACUGCAAGAUUCCCGAGCUGCCAGUCCAGGCCAGCAUUCUGUUUGAGCUCCAGCUCUUCUUCUGCCAGCUGAUAGCCUUGUUCGUGCACUACAUCAACAUCUAUAAGACAGUCUGGUGGUACCCACCCUCCCACCCACCCUCCCACACCUCCCUGAACUUCCACCUGAUCGACUUCAACUUGCUGAUGGUGACCACCAUUGUGCUGGGCCGCCGCUUCAUUGGGUCCAUCGUGAAGGAGGCUUCUCAGAGGGGGAAGGUCUCCCUCUUUCGCUCCAUCCUGCUGUUCCUCACCCGCUUCACCGUUCUCACGGCAACAGGCUGGAGUCUGUGCCGGUCCCUCAUCCACCUCUUCAGGACCUACUCCUUCCUGAACCUCCUGUUCCUCUGCUAUCCGUUUGGGAUGUACAUUCCGUUCCUGCAGCUGAACUAUGAUCUUCGCAAGACGAACCUCUUCAACCAUGUGCCUUCCAUGGGGCCCCGAGAGGCGGUCAGUGGCCUGGCAAGGAGUCGGGACUACCUGCUGACACUGCGGGAGACUUGGAAGCAGCACACUCGACAGCUGUAUGGCCCAGAAGCCAUGCCUACCCAUGCCUGCUGCUUGUCACCGAGCCUCAUCCGCAAUGAAGUGGAGUUCCUCAAAAUGGACUUCAAUUGGCGCAUGAAGGAAGUGCUUGUCAGCUCCAUGCUGAGUGCCUAUUAUGUGGCCUUUGUUCCUGUGUGGUUUGUCAAGAAUACACAUUACUAUGACAAGCGUUGGUCCUGUGAGCUCUUCCUGCUGGUGUCCAUCAGCACCUCUGUGAUCCUCAUGCAGCACCUGCUUCCCGCCAGCUACUGCGACCUGCUGCACAAGGCUGCUGCCCAUCUGGGCUGCUGGCAAAAGGUGGACCCAGCUCUUUGCUCCAACGUGCUGCAGCACCCGUGGACUGAAGAAUGCAUGUGGCCACAGGGUGUGCUGGUGAAGCACAGUAAGAAUGUCUACAAAGCAGUGGGCCACUACAAUGUCGCCAUCCCCUCCGAUGUCUCCCACUUCCGGUUCCACUUCUUUUUCAGCAACCCACUGAGGAUCCUUAACAUCCUCCUGCUGCUGGAGGGCGCUGUCAUUGUCUACCAGCUGUACUCCUUAAUGUCCUCUGAGAAGUGGCACCAGACCAUCUCCCUGGCCCUCAUCCUCUUCAGCAACUACUACGCCUUCUUCAAGCUGCUCCGGGACCGCCUGGUGUUGGGCAAAGCCUACUCGUACUCGGCCAGUCCCCAGAGAGACCUGGACCACCGGUUCUCCUGAGCUCCAGGGUGAUCCUUGAGACAGCAGCCAGGCUUCACCUAAGGGCCUCCUGGCUAAGGGCUGUUGGGUUUGUUUGGGAAGGGUGGGGAAAAAAAGACAAAAAAACAAAAACAAAAAAAAUCCACCAGAGCUUUGUAUUUUUGUUACUGUAAUGUUUCUUUCUUUGAUAAUUGAUGUGAUAAGAAGAAAAGAAGUCUUAUUUUUAUACUCCCAACAA